UGCUGACAUAGGGACGUAACGUUCGUACGCACUCCUGUGUUAAUAUUAUUACGCGAAAUUAACAUUUUUCUGCCCAAAAACUAAUAUUCUUAGUGGUAUUUAUAGUAUAGAGUGUGUUUUGUUUUGUGGCGAUUGUGUAUUCAAGUUUGUGAAUGUUGAUUGGUUUGGAAUUUGAUUCAUCGCAGUACACAGCGAUCGUAUCGUCCACAUAGAAGUGCUACAUUAUGCAUGCAUCUAAUAAAUUACUUUUAUUAUACUGGAUAAAGUCUGGCCAUAAAAACUGUAAGCCGUAACUGUCACAUUACGUUUAGUGUGGCAACUUUUGUUUCGUGCGACAAAGUGCCGCGUCUGUGAUGUUGCCAGCUAAGGCCGUAAAAGGCGGCAUUGCCGAAAAUUCGUGGAGAUAUGAUGAUGCUCCGUAAAACUGAGUUAUUUGGUCCCAACAAAAUGUUACUGACGGCAUAUGCUGCUUUGCUUCUGUGGAGGUUCGACUGCUUGGUCGAGAGCACAAAAGUUGUAAAAAGCAGUAUGCGGUAUCAGACAACAUUGCCGCCUAGCAGGGUGGGUCCCACCGCGUCCCUUCGCGACGUGGAGCCCAACUUCACUGGACCUAUAGAAAACGUUACUGUCCCCCUUGGAAGGGCGGCUGUGCUCACGUGCUCAGUGUCCGAUCUAGGGGAUUAUAAGGUGGCAUGGAUUCGUGCAGAUGACCAGACUAUCCUCACCCUGCACACUCGUCUAGUCACCCACAGUUCACGGUAUGCUGUCACCAACGACUCUCCAAACUCCUGGCAGCUCCACAUCAGACCUUUAAAGGUAGAAGACAGAGGAUGUUACAUGUGUCAAAUAAAUACAAGCACAAUGAAGAAACAAAUAGGCUGUGUCGAUGUAUUAGUGCCUCCAAAUAUCCUUGAUGCGGGUACGAGCGGCGACGUAAUCGCACAAGAAGGCGAGGACGUUAGCUUGUCAUGUCGAGCUGAUGGUCGGCCACUUCCCCGUAUACUUUGGCGGAGAGAAGAUGGCACGAAUAUUCAACUAAGAAAUGAUAACGGGGAAUUGCAUAAAGUUGACAUGUUUAUGAGUCCGAAUUUGAACCUCACCCGGGUGGAACGAAGGCAGAUGGGUGCGUACCUGUGUAUCGCCUCCAACGAUGUGCCUCCAGCAAUUAGCAAGAGAAUUAUGCUGAGUGUUAAUUUUGCGCCUUCGACAUUAGUGGCAACGAAGGUAAUAGGAGUGCCAACAAGUUCCACAGCAAAACUGGAGUGUCUGGUUGAAGCAUACCCUCAGGCUAUCAAUUACUGGCUCAAGAGCGGCGAAGAGAUGAUACUCUCAGAUGAAAUGCAUGAGAUAUCUGAGAUACGGACGUCCGCGUAUCAAAUUCGACUAAUAUUAACUAUAUCAGAUUUUCGAAGCAAUGACGUUGGAACUUAUACAUGUAUUUCAACAAAUACUAUGGGUAAAGCCGAAGGAACUAUUAGACUCUAUGAAAUUAAAAUAACAACGACGACUACGACAACUACUACCACAACGACCACGACAACUACAACCACCACAACGACGACCCCACCGCCGACCACCACGGAGUAUACUCCCCCACCACGGUUCGUGGUGCCAUUGCAACCUGCAGAGCAGAAAUUUUAUACACCGGAUGUAACGACAUAUGACACAAUGCAAAACGUCAUAGAGCAGUCUGUACUCGAUAACCACUGGCUACCAACUGCUGAAUCUACAGCUUCCAACGGACACCAAGCAUGGCCGCUCUGUACUCUUAGCGCUAUUUCAGUGUUGCCAUUUAUAAUUAAAAGAAUAUUAUUCUCUAGUUUUAUCGAUUUACUCACAAUAAUUAAUCAAAAUAUAAAUAUUACCGAAUUGUUAGCACAGGGUAGGAGAUGAUAAGUUGUCUUUAACAAACUGUAGGUUUUGUGCAUUAUGACAAUUUGUUUCCAUCGAAUACUAUUAUUGCCGUCUAUUUAAGGUAUGUAAAUGAAAAAAUGUGUAUAAAGGUAAUUUAAAUAAAUCUAUUUGUACUUAGUCAUUAUAAUGCUGAUGUCUGUAGUCAACUAUUUUCGCCAAAAUGCAUUUUAGUUUUCACGUUCAACUUCAAAGUUGAACCGAGUCAUAAUUGUGAAAAUUUCACUGGGGAAUUGAGUUUAUUAUUUCCUCAACUUGCAAUUUUGCCAAUAGUUACUUAUUGGCAGGUAAUGUAACUAUUCAAAAUAACGAAUGUUGAAAUAUUGAUACCUUCAAUUUUGUUUAUUAACAUAUAACAGAAUUCAGCAUUAUAAGGACGUUAAAUGUAGUAAAGUAUGUAUCUAUUUUAAGUUUGAACAUUGUGAUAGUAUAACAACAUCGACGUUUCCAAAGGUAUCAAUACAAAAUAUAACCCUAUGAACACUAACAUGAAAUUAUAAGACUUCAUAUUUUAAGCAAAAUAUAUUAUUUACGAUAUAAAUAGUUCUUUGACAAAAAUAUUCCUUUAAGAUCUUUGGCAAUAAAUAUAAAUUGAAGAAAAAACUACUAAGUGAUAUUUGAAGAAGCUUAAAUAAACAAUAUGUAAAAACAUAAUAUAAAAUUAUUGUAAUAAUAAAAUAUAAGCAAAUCAGCAUAGUAGAAAAUACACUUAAAAAGUACUCAGGAUUACAUUCUAAAAUAUUUUGAUAUAAAAAAAAUAAUAUAAAUAAUAAUACACAAUAAUUAGAUUUGGACAGGAGUGGUUUUUGUUUAGUUACAUUCUAAAACUAUAAUAAUCUCUUUAAAGUUACAUUAAUUUUUAAUCUUAGUAUUUAGAUUAUAGUUAUGUAUUGUGUUUUGAACACAAGAACUGAUUAACCAAUGUUCGAUUUGUUUGAAUAAUGCUCCUCCUCCUAUUAAGACGUAUCAUAAAAUGUAAUGUUUUUUAUUACAUUUUGACUCUUAAAUUAGACAUAUAUAAAGCAGCAAUAAUCAAAUCGGAGUCCAUGGUAACAUUAGUCUCAUUCGGGAAACCUGACGUCUAACUAACUACACCAUUAUCAGCAGCCCGUUUAUGUUAGGGUGCAAAAUAUACUAAGAUUUUAUCCAAUCGUGAGGGAAGCUGGUUCAUUUGCCACGUUGGGUUUAAACAAUAAAAGCCACACGAUGUAUCUACAACCAUUGUAACUAUUUGUGGGGUG